AGUGCUCUGUGCCUCGAGCUUUCGAGAAGCCUUCCCCAAAAUCUCAACUUUUUCCAAGUGUUUUAAGAGUGUAAUCUCUUAUAUUAUGAAUGGAAAGUCAAAUCAUACUUAGUUUUGCUUCAUCUUUGGUGCAAGCACAAGCAUAGUUUUCAUUUCAAAUGCCUAGUUUUAGAGGAGGAACUCUUCAACAUGGAUAUAGGCAUUGCAAGGUGUUGCCUUGACAAACAUGUGUCAUGGGGCUUAAGAAAUUCAAGAGCAUUAGGCUGGGAAAAUAUUCAAAAGCAUCCACAUAAUGUGGCUACUUGGAAUCUGAGGAUGGGCUAUCAAAGGUUGACUUAUUCACAUCAAUCUUCUAUCGGAAAGAAUCUCAUGACCCAUCUGGCCUGGAGAACAUACUCGAUGCCUUUUAGUCUGGAGGAAUCUUCAGCCCUAAGUUCAGAAGAUUAUUCUAGUAAUGAUCAUGCAACUAAGUCGCCAAAGGAGGUCCUUGCUCAACCGCUAAGCAGUGAUGAGCUGAAGUCACUGCUGGCUGAUUCUGAAAGAGCAAGGCUCAUUAAAAAACUAAGUGAAGCAAAUCAACAAAACCGCUUCCUCAAACGACAGUUGCACAUAAAGGAGAAUGCUUUGGUUAAUUUCAAAAGCGAACUUGCCGUCAUGGAACUUGAAAUUCAGGCUUUGGUCACACUUGCAGAAGAAAUAACUAAAUCCGCCAUUCCAAUAGGUUCAAGAAAGAUCAAUGGGAAAUACAUACAAUCUCAUCUUCUCUCGCGAUUAGAAGCUGUACAUGUAAAGCUGAAGGAACAGAUAAAGGAUGUGGAUAUUGCACAGUCCAAGGAUGUUCCCUUAUUCUGGUGUGGCAUGGCUGAGAGCGUGCAAGUAAUGGGAACAUUUGAUGGAUGGAGUCAAGGAGAGCAGUUAUCACCAGAAUACACUGGUUCUUUCACCAAGUUCUCAACAACAUUAAUGCUUAGGCCUGGAAGGUACGAAAUCAAGUUCUUGGUGGAUGGAGAGUGGCAUCUAUCCCCAGAAUACCCUACCGUCGGUGAGGGACUCAUGAAAAAUAACUUGUUAAUCGUGGAAUAACUGCUGUUCUAGGCAAUAUGGUUGAUGCAGAAGCGGAUGAGCUCCGUUUUUUUUUUUUUUAUUUUUUUUUGUUAACUUGUUUACACUACCAUAGCUUAGAAGUUUGACAAGAAUAUUUCUUUACAAAUUGAUUCACUGUAUAUCGAUCAUCUUUAAUCUUACAGUAACAUUGCGCUUGUUAAAUCUGUAUUUAAUUUUUAAAAUCAACGGUGAUGAUGAUAUGUAAUGAAAAAUUCUGGCUGAAGCUGUCUUUUUUUU